AUCUUUGGUGACAAGUGUGUGUGAAUUUGUGAUAAUUAAUGAGUGAAGUGGAUAAAAUAAAAAAUAAAUUAUUUUAAAGAUUUCUAUGAAAUGAUAUUCUGCAUUUCCGAAAUUCAUAACCAGAGUUGUUCGUUAUUAUAAAAAAUAAAUAUCUGUUACUUUGAACGUGUAACAAAUGGGUGGAAAGACAAAACAAAGUCAAAGAACUAAGAACAACGUCCGACCAUCAAGCAGUGGACGCAGCGCAGAGCUAAUACAGAAUGCUACCAAUGUGGAACAAUAUUUUGGGCUGGGCUCAGGGAAAGCACCAGUUCUCUUUCCUUCCUUGGCCGCAAUCAAUGUAGACCAAGGGCUUACACCCGAGUUUUCAGUGUGCUUUAAGAAGUUUACCAAGAAAGAUCCUGUCACCAAAACUAAGGCAUUGCAGGAAUUGACAGAGCUGGUGAAGACAGGUAAUGUGGAGGAUGUAGAGGCGGCUCUACCCAGCUGGACGCACCACUACCAGUUCCUCUCUAUUGACUCUGACCGAAGAGUCAGGGAGGCUACUCAGACGUGCCACGGCGCCGUGGUGGGCGCGUGCGGGCGCCGCGUGGCCCCGCAGCUGCGCCGCCUGCUGCCCGCGUGGCUGCUGGCGGCGCACGACGAGCACGCGCCUGCCGCCUCCGCCGCCAGAGCGCACUUGCAGAGUACGUUUCCCGAGGGCAAGCUAGCUGAAGCACUGACCUUCUGCAAAGCUGAAAUAGUCGCCGUGCUCAAUGACAACCUCACAGGAAACGCUGAGCACACUAGAGGGAAAAGAAUAGAAGAAGAAGACGACAAGCAGCAGCAGUUGUCGCGCAUGCUGGUCGGCACUCUGCACGCGCUGGCGCUGCUGCUGGCGCGGCUGCCGGCGGCGCACGGGCCGUGGCUGUGGGACGGCUGCGUGCACCCCUUGCUGCUGCACAACCACUUCUGGGGCCUGGCGAGGAGCCAGCAGCACAUGCGAGUCCGGAGCGCGUGGUACGAGGCAAUGGCUCGCAUCAUCGAGCGCUUCUCGUCCCGCAUCCCGCUGCCAGUGGGGCAGAAGGCGGCCAAGGCCCUGGUGGCGGAGCCGGAGCGGACCGCAGCCGUGGCCGCGCAGCGCUGGGCGGCGCUGCUAGUGCUCAUGAAGAACGUUGAGGAAUGGCACACAUGGCUGGAGAAGAAAGACCUACUUAUAACGCGUCUCCUUGACCUCAUAGAGAAUGGCGCAUGGGGCGAGGCGCGCUUGCUGAGUGGCUUGCUGCUGCCGCUGCUGGCCAGCCUGCCGCUCGACCUGCUCACCAGGCAGUUCUACACCAAGCUCUUCGACGCCAUGUUCACGGGAUUAGACAACAAAAAUCUUCUAAAAUCAAAAAGUGAAAGACAAACAUGGUUGUGCAACAUGUGCGAAUGUUUGCGUCACUUGACGACGCAAAACCAUGACUACGUAGUAGAAAUGACAACUUACGUCCACCGGACGUGGCUCGAGAAAGUUCUAAACGUUGAGGAUACCCAGACGAGACAUAACAUGGUCAGGCAUUCUAUGACACUGAUGGCCUCUUUGGUCAAAUACUGGCUCAGCAAGUCCAAACUUGAAAACAGUGACAAAUGCGACCAGCUGACGAGGAACUUUUGGCAAAACAUUUGUUCGACUAUCCUGACGCAAAUCGAUAAAUUGACAGUCGAAAAAGACGACAUUAUGCAAUCAAUAGAAACGCAUGUGUUACUUUUCAAAACACUAAAUACCUCGUUCUCACAGGACACCAAAAAGAAAUUGAGCAUUCAAUUCGAGGAUCUGAAGACAGAAAAGAAUGAGGAACUAUCUACAAUUGACGCAAACGAGGAAACAACUACGGAUGAAAGUGACGAGCAACUGAAGGAGCGAUUUAGACACAACUUAAACGAUUCAGUUGAAAGAACUUGUUGCAGUUACUUCGAUUUCGCGCGCAAUAAGGAAGUUUCUCAAUCGGUGUUCCCGCUUUUGACGAAUUUGUUGGUAGAAUUCGACAGCAGAAAGUUGUUCGCGGCUCUCGCGAAACAUUUCGGCGCCGAGCCGGUGUACGGGCUGUAUGACGCCGUGCUCAGGCCGUGGCUGGCCGGAGACACCAUGCGGUGCAAGGCGCUCGUGGACGUCAUCUUUUUGGUCGUCAAAUACUUCAAUGAAGAGGAACAAGACAGCAUGUUCAACUCCUUCCAGCAGUUUCCACCAUCGGUAGUGGAAUGGUGUAUACAAGUGACUCUGUCCCCCCCGCACCGCCGCUCGCCCGCGGGCAGGCGCUGGUUGCGCGGGCCGGUGGUGGCGGCGACCGUGCUGGCGCUGUGCAGGCGCGAGGAGGACGAGCGGGCGGCCGGCCUGCUGCUGCGCUGUCUGGCUCACGACGAUGCCGGCGAGCUGCUGGUGAGCGAGGCCGCAGUGGAGGGCGUGGCGAGCGCGGUGUGCGCGCGGCUGGAGGCGGCGCAAGCGGCGGACGCGCUCGGCUCGCGGCUCGCCGAGCUGGCGGCGCGGGCGGCGGGCGCGCUCGGCUCGCGGCUCGCCGAGCUGGCGGCGCGGGCGGCGGGCGCGCUGGGCGGCUCGGCGAGCGACUCGGCGCACGCGCACGCUGCGCUCAUGCUGCACGCCGUGUUCCGAUUCCGGCUGAGGAUGGCCCGGCUGGACGCUGCGGAUGCGGCGGAGGCGGCGCGCGCGUGCGGCCAGUGGCGCGCCGCGCUGCCCGCGCUGCCCGCGCCGCGCCGCGCCGAGCUGGCGACGCAGGCGCUGCUCGACCUGCAGCGACACGUGUUCUGCGACCUGGAAGAGUUGGACGUGCGCCGCAUAGAGGCCGCCGCGUCGCUGUGUCCGCACAUCUUCGGUGCGCCGGCGCUCACCGCCGACAGCGGCGCCGUCGGGCCGCUCAGCCGGCAGCUGCUGGCGCUGGUGGACGCGGUGCAGCCCGACACGCCCGUCGAGCUGUUCGCGCUCAGGUCCGACUGCAUACACGGGAACAUCGUGCUCACUUUCCAGAGGAAAAACGAAUUCUGCAAAAUAAUCAGUUCUACGUGCGAGAAAACCCACCAAGAGCUGUCGAAACACGACCUCAAUGUUUACGUGUACAAGACCCUGUUUCGUGCAUAUUUCUUGCGUAAAAUGACGCAAAAUGUUUCAGACGGAAGUCAUGCGCACGACGCUCGGUGCGACGUUCUGCUGAACGAUUCUCACUUUAAAGAACAAUUUUGUACGCUUUUGUACGAGUAUGCAGUCAUUAGAACACUUUUCGACUAUUAUGCGUUUUGGCCACACUAUGAAACCAUUGUGCAAACAAAACAACAAUUGGACGCUUUAUUAAACGAUAUCCUAAAUGAUAUAACAAUUGAAACGAAAGAUGCUAUAUAUUCCUGUCUGACGACAUCACUCACCAAAGAGGGAUUUUACUGGCCGUUUGCCAGAAAAUUGUUUGACAUUAAAUUCGAUGAAGUAACUUCAAAAGUCAAAGACGAACUCAGUAAAGAGCCGGAAACUUCGAAUGCAUCUCCGGAAAAUUCUGAAAUGGAGCCAAAUAACGAACUGGACUAUACAUUGGAUGACGAAGACGAUGCUUGCGAAAACUUGGAAAAUACUCCUGUCGAAUCUACGUCAGCCGAAAAACAUACUGAACCUACUUUUGAACAGCAUUUAGAAGCUAAAUUAAAAUCUUUUAAAUCUGAUUCGAAAUCAAAUAAAAAAUCAGCCAAAGGAAAUAAAUCUGUGCUCGACGUGUCCGACACUGUGUUCGACGGCACCACUAAAUAUGCAGAUGAGGUGCAGUGGGAGCAAGUGAUUGGUUUACCAACUUUUCAAGAGGUCAUCACGAACAAUGCGUACUAUCUUAACUUGCAGGCGGAAGCGCGAUACUCCUCGGACGAGUCCCUGCGGUUCCUCGCCCGCAGCAGGGUGACGUUGCGCAGCAUGCUCGUCGUGCUGCUGCGGAACGGCGACGCCUUGCUGCGCGAGCUGGCGAGGCAGGGCUGGGAGCCGAGCCGCCCCAGGGCUUUCAUCAGCUACUACGUCAACCACACCGACAGGAAGAGCUUCAUGCUGUGUGGCAGGUCCCUGGUGGGCGCGCCGUGGGAGCACGCGAUGAGCACGGCGGCGCUGCUGGACUACCUGGGCGAGCUGGUGGCGCGCGAGGGGCCCGCGCUCGACUCCAUGUACUGGGACUUCGUCAACAUCGUGCUGAGCUCGCUCAUGGACUCGCUGGCGCAGACGGCGUCGCGCUGGGAGUGCACCAACGUGGCAACACUGCUGCGCGCCGCCACCGGCCUGCUGGCGCGCGUGGAGGCCUGCCUGCGGGCGCUGCGCGGCCGGCCGGCCUGCGCGGAGCUGCUGCAGGAGUGGGACGACAUCUUCUACCCCGAGAUCAACAAGCACCUGCUCAAGCUGCUGCUGCUCGUGCUGCGGUCCACCGCCGCGCCGGUGACGGCCAGCAGCGCGGCCAGCCUCGGCAGCCUGGUGCGCGCCGCGACGCUGAUGCGCUGGCACGCGGCGCACGCCGGCCGGCCGCUGGCGCGCUGCGCGGCGGACGCAGCCGGCGCGCUGGCCGGCGUGCGCCACCCCGCCUACAAGUACCUCGCCUUCCGCACGCUGCAGCUGCUGGCGCACGAGCUGCUGCAGGCGGACGCGGAGGCGCUGAACAAGUGGGCGGCGGCGGACGACGAGCGGCGGCCGCGGCCCGCGCUGUGCUGCGCGCUGCUGGGCAACGCCUUGGACGAGCUGCAGCAGCUGGCGGACGCUGCGCUCGCCGACGUCACGCUGGGUGAGAGCGUGUGCGAGCUGGUGCCCUUCUCCGACAGCCACAGCGCCACGCUGGGCUACAUGCUGCUGGCGGCCGCCGCGCUGGGCCAGAGCUCGCUGGCGCGCGGCGACCUGCGCCAGGUCGUCGCCGAGCGCUUCAGGGAGCGCAAGUACGCGGACGGGCUGGUGUGGUGCGCGCUGCGCCUGCUGCCCGCCGACGUGGCCGCCUACGCGUUUAAGGGCGGCGCGCCGCUCGGCGCCGAGCGGCUGCAGUGCUUCCACCGGCUGCCGGCGCUGGACGUGCUCGAGCGCGUGCACGGCGGCGUGGUGGGCGCGCUGGCGUGCUACGUGCUGACGGAGACGCUGCGCGGGCCGGGCGCGGCGGGCGCGCGCGGUUGGUGCGGCGUGGCGCCGGCGCUGGCGGAGAGCGGGCUGCGCCGCUUGGUCGCCGCCGCCGUGACGCCCGAGCUGGUGCGCGCGCAGCUUCGCCAGCUACAGGACCACGCCCACAAGCUGCAGGACGCAAGGAUAACGGUGCUGCGGAACCGCGCGGAGGUGCGCUGCGUGCUGGCCACGGACGGCGCCGAGCUGGAGCUGUCUCUGGCGCUGGCGGCCGACCACCCGCUCACGCCGCCCGCCGUCAGCACGCCGCCCAAGACGCCGCCCUUCGUCAACAACAGCCUCAACAUCUUCCUCGCGUCGCAGAACGGUUCGGUGCUGGCAGCGCUGGAGAUGUGGACAAAGGUGGUGAAGUCGCGCCUGCAGAGCUCGCCGCGCUGUUACGUGUGCUACAGCCGCCUGCACGUCGGCAACUGGAGCCUGCCCAAGACCAAGUGCCAGCAGUGCCGCAACAAGUUCCACUCCACCUGCUUGCGCAAGUGGUUCCAAACCAGCCGCUCGCACAAGUGCCCCAUGUGUCGCGCCGACUUCGGGUGACCGCGCGCGCCGGCGUGCUCGUUGCCAGUUGCCACGGACAUUGCGUGUGGAGCUCUUUGUACCCAUUAGUAAGUCUCAGGAUACAUCUAUACCUACCAACUGUCAAGCACGAACCUUAUAAAUAACUUGUAUAUUGUUUGUAAAUUAAAGAGCUUUGAACCCAAA